CGAGCUCUCACACACUUCACCCGACCGCCGCCGCCGUCGCAGCGAAGUGUAAAGGGCUAACGACCUCGCCGCCGGCGUUGAGCUACAUGGACCCGCGCUUCCCGCUGCCGGCGGUGCCGGCGCCGACCUCGGGCAGCGGCCGGGGGCACCACCGGCGGGCCCACUCGGAGACGUUCCUGCGCCUCCCCGACGCGGACCUCCUCCUCGACCUCGACCCCGACGGCGACUUCUCCUUCUCCGACCUCGACUUCCCCUCCCUCUCCGACGACUCCCUGGCCGCCUCCGACCCCACCCCGCCGCCGCCGCCACCGCCGCAGGCCCUGGCCCCGGCCCCCGCGCCCCGGCACCCCGGCGGGGGUGGGGCCCACACGAGGAGCCUCUCCCUCGACGCCGCCUUCUUCGAGAGCCAAGCCUUUCAGGGCGGAGGAGGUGGCGGCGGGGGCGGGCAUAAGAGGAGCGGGUCCAUGGAUGGGGUCAGCUCGCCGUUCGAAGGCGAGUCGGCGCUGUCGAGCGGCCUGCCGGACUACGCGAAGAAGGCCAUGCCCACCGAGAGGAUCGCCGAGCUCGCGCUCAUCGACCCCAAGCGCGCAAAGAGGAUUCUAGCAAACAGGCAGUCGGCGGCGAGGUCGAAGGAGAGGAAGAUCAAAUACACUAGUGAACUGGAGAGGAAGGUCCAGACUCUGCAGACGGAGGCCACCACGCUAUCAGCACAGCUCACGCUUCUCCAGAGGGAUACAACUGGUUUAACUGCUGAGAAUAGAGAGCUCAAGCUCCGGUUGCAGUCCAUGGAAGAGCAAGCUAAACUGCGGGAUGCUUUAAAUGAAGCCCUGCGAGAAGAAGUCCAGCGACUAAGGAUAGCUGCAGGGCAAGCCGCAAACAUGAAUGGGAAUCCUUUCAACGGUGGUCUCCAUCAGCAGAUCCCAUCCUAUUUCUCUCAAGAGCAGCAGAUGGGUUACUUUGGUGGACACCAAGCUCAGCAUCACAAUCCAAGCCAUCUCCAGAGUUCAUCGAACGGGGGCCAGUCGCUGAGUGGUCAGUCCCUAAACGACUCCAUGGAUUUCAUAUGAGUCGCUGAGUGGUCAGUUCCUAAAUGACUGCAUGGAUUUCAUAUGAGUCGCUGAGUGGUCAGCAUUGUAAAGAUAGCUGAUGUACAUUGUAUGCAUAUGACUCAUUGAUAGGGUAGUUAGCUCUUUGUAUCAUCAAUCAGAAAGUAAUCCUUGUAUGACAUAUUAUUAUUCUUUUUUUUCUUUGUUGGUUUCUGGAGUAAUGCGUUUUUUUCCUGGUGGAAGGCUCUA